AAGUACCUCCAGCAGCCAAUCACAAGAGGCUUGUUGGAAAUACCUGGGAGAGGUCUUGGAGCCUGGGCCAGGCGGAUCAAACCCAGCCCUAGUCUGGAUACAGCAACCCACAGCAAACCAAGGCGACCUCCACACAGCACAGAGUACCCUGGGGCCCCAGCAUGGUGAUCCUGGUGCCGCUCACGUGGGGAUUGCUGCUGGCCAUGCUGGUGGUGCCUCUGACGGUGACCCAACCCACCCACCUGCUGAGAUUGCUCACCUCUGGCCAGGACGCUCUGGAUCUGGAGGCACUGAGCAGCCUGUUAAAUACGCUGACGGACCGUGUGCACUGCACCAAAGGGCCGUGUGGAAAGUGCCUGUCUGUGGAGGAUGCAUUGGCUCUGGGCAUGCCGGACAAGUCACAGCUCACCCCAGCAACGGUCCUGCAGUCCAGAUUCAUCGAGCGCCUCAGUGCCGCCAUGGCCCUCUACCUUAGCAACCCAGAGGGUACAUGUGCAGACAUCCAGGCUGGCCGCUGGGCCUCCCGUGCUGACCACUUUUUGGCCCUACUUGAAAGUCCUGAGGCCAUGACCCCGGGCCUGAACCAGCUGCUCCGGAGGAUGGAGACCCAGGCUGUCAGGCAUUCUCCUGGGGAGGAGACUUGUGUAGAAGUCCCUCAGCUGCUGCAGGAGGUGGCAAGAACAGGGGCUCCCAGCAGUCCUGGUCCAGUCCUGGCUGCUCUUUUGGACCAUGUCAAGAGCGGGGCCUGCUUCCGUGCCCUGCCAAGACCUCAGUACUUUGUGGACUUCGUGUUUCGGCAACACAGCAGUGAGGCCCCCAAUAUGACCCUGGCCGAGCUGGAAGCUUUGAUGCAGCGCCUGGGAGUAGGUGGAGAGGCCCAUGAUGACCACGAUGACCAUGAUGACCAUAGUCAGCUGGGCAGACAGACCAAUCAGUGGGACCUUGUGCCCCUCGAUGACCUCAACAACAGCACCAGUGUGUGGGACACGGAAUGCCUGAGUGCCAGGGAUGUGAUGGCUGUGUAUGGGCUGUCUGAGGAGGAUGGAGUGAGCCCUGAGGCUUGGGCUCAAAUUAGCCCUGCCCUGCUUCAACAGCAGCUGAGUGGGGCCUGCAACCCCCAGCCCAGUUCUGCUACCCAGGACCAGCUCAGCCAGGCAGAGAGGUACCUGUAUGGCUCUCUGGCCACACUGCUCAUCUGCCUCUGCGCUGUCGUUGGCCUCCUGCUGUUAACCUGCACCAGCUGCAGCACAGCCACACACUAUGUCAUGCAGACCUUCCUGAGUUUGGCGGUGGGUGCACUCACUGGCGACGCCCUGCUGCACCUGACACCUAAGAUUCUGGGACUACACGCACACAGCCUCAGUGCAGAGCACCAUGUGCAUCAGGAGGGUGUAGGCACACAGGCCACCUGGCGCCUGCUGGCCGUGCUGGGAGGCCUCUACUUCUUCUUCCUGUUUGAAAGUCUCUUCAAUCUCCUGCUGCCCAGGGAUCAGGAUCCAGAAAAGGCCAGAACCUGCAGUCACAGUGGCCACAGCCACGGAGGCCACAGCCAUGGUGUAUCUCUGCAGCUGGCGCCCAGAGAGCUCCGGCAGCCCAAGCAGUCCCACGAGGGCUCCCGUGCGGACCUGGUAGCAGUAGAGAGUCCGGAGCUACUGCACCUGGAGUCCAGCAUGCUGAGCUCACAGCUGAGACUGCUGCCAUACCUAAUCACGCUGGGCGACGCUGUGCACAACUUUGCAGAUGGGCUGGCCGUGGGCGCGGCCUUCGCGUCCUCCUGGAAGACAGGGCUGGCCACCUCGCUGGCAGUGUUUUGCCACGAGCUGCCACAUGAGCUGGGAGACUUCGCUGCUCUGCUGCACGCUGGUCUGACUGUUCGGCGAGCUCUGCUGCUGAACCUGGCCUCGGGACUCACAGCCUUCAUCGGUCUCUACGUGGCGCUUGCGGUCAGAAUAGGCGAGGAGAGUGAGGCCUGGAUUCUGGCGGUGGCCACUGGCCUCUUCCUCUAUGUGGCGCUCUGUGACAUGCUGCCAGCCAUGCUGAAUGUGCAGGACCGGCGGCCCUGGCUCCUUUUUCUGCUGCACAACGUGGGCCUGCUAAGCGGCUGGACCGUCCUGCUGCUCCUGUCCUUGUAUGAGGAGAACAUCACCUUCUCAUAGUUCUUUUCCAGUGAGCAACCCUCAACUGUGCCUUUUGGCCCUGGGGCAUCUCAGACUCUGUGAACUGCCCAGUGACUUCAAUUACCCCCCACUCCCUGCCCCAGCUUCCGGUUCAAUAAAGAUGCUCCCACCCCUGCA